AUGCGAUAUACUUCAGGCAGAUUUCGGGAAGAUUUUUUCCAAUCCAAAGAUCCGGCGUUUGACAAUUCAGCGUAGCUCAGCAGCGUAUAAUUGUCAAAAAUGACGAAAGUCUACAAAAGCGACGAGGAUCUACAAAAAUUAGAAGAAGAAGCGAUAGCCAGGGGUACGAAGUAUGUCACGAACCUUCUGCAACGACCGGGUCAGUUGGAGAAAAUUGACAUGUACAAGCGUAGAAUCAGCAGGAAGAAGGCGUCCGUCGAGACUAUGCUGAAAACCGCGAUGCAAAGUCAGCUGGACGGGGUCAGGGUCGGCUUCGAACAACUGCAGAGUUCCUUGGAAAGUAUCGCUGCUAUCAAGGAUGAUCUGGAUCACAUGAAUCAACUGUUCAGUUCUGUUCUGAAGCUUAGUUCUAGGCUGCAGGCGGUGCAGGAGGAGAACAUGCGUCAUUCUCAAUACGUGAUUGCUAAGGAGAACUUGAAGCACAUAUUCACCGUUCCCGAGAGCGUCGAGAAGACAAAGCAGUGGAUAAACGAGGGUAAAUUGCUGCACGCACACCAGAGCCUGAUGGAUCUUGAGACUUCCAGAGAUGAAUUACUCUACGAGCUGCAUAAGCUGCCGAAUCAGUCACCAGCGGACACAAUUAUGUUGAAAGCUUAUUUCGAAGAUGUGGAAAUGCUUUCUCAGCUAAUGGAGAAACAAAUAAGGCUGGUAUUGAGUCGCACUUUGAACACAGUCAGGAAGGAACCUACUGUUAUAGUGACGCCUCUGAGAAUCAUCGAGAGGGAAGAGAAGGCUGAUCAGUUUGCCAUCCAGAGGCACAAGCAAAGUGGAUUUAUGGCACCGGGCAGACCCAAGCGGUGGAAAGACAUGGCAAUGAAGGUACUGGAGAAGUCCGUCGCUAACAGAAUCGAGGGAACUCAAGUAGAUGAAAGGGCGGAUAACAAAAUGUGGUUAGUGAGAUAUUUAGAGCUUACGAGGCUCUUGAUCUUCGAGGACUUACGAGUAGUGAAGACUCUAUGCAAGCCUUGUUUUCCACCUUGGUACGAUAUAGUGAGGACUUUCGUCAAAAUGUAUCAUACUAGUCUGUCCCAACAUUUAAAGGAUAUAAUCGCUGGUGGAUUGGAAGGGAACGAAUAUGUUUCCCUGUUGGCAUGGAUAAUGAAUACCUACACUGGACCGGAAUUAAUGCAACAUCCCGAAUUAAAUAUUGACACAUCUGAUAUUGGCCCGCUACUCAGUCCUGAGAUGAUAAAUGAUCUUCAGGAAAAAUAUUUGCGAAACAUGUGUCAGAAUUAUGAGGACUGGAUGAGGAAGACGUUAGAAACGGAGAAACUCGAUUGGAGGAGCGGCGUUCUGCCCGAGAGCAGUACCCAAGAGCUUUAUUAUCAUACCGCGGCACCAGUCAUCAUAUUCCAGAUGAUCGAUCAGAAUCUGCAAGUUGCAAAGACCAUUAGUUCCGAUCUAAUGGCGCAAGCGUUGAUUCUCUGCAUCGAACAGGUAACUAAAUACGGAUCUAUGUAUAGACAAGCGAUAUUGGAAUUUAAGACGAAGCAUUUCGAGGACAGGAGUCAAGUACCUUACUUCACUCAUCAUAUGAUCACGAUAGUUAAUAAUUGCAUACAAUUCACCGAGUUAGCACAGCAAAUGAAGCAACUUUACUGGGUGCCUUACACCGGCGGGGAUGCUACUAUAAAAUUUGAAAAUCUCUUAGCGAAUUAUCAGCAACUGAGGAAUGAGGCUGCUGCCAUUUUAUUGCAAGAAUCUUUCCUGGAUUUGGAACUGCAUUUCCAAGAUUUGAUCACGCCCAAGUGGCUGUCGUCGCCCAUCCCGGUAGAGACCAUCUGCGUCACCCUGGAAGAUUACUUUCAAGAUUAUAAUCAUCUGAGUCCAAAGAAUUUCGAGUACGUUAUUAGCGAGGCGCAGAAUCUGAUCGCAAAACGUUACAUUUCCGCGAUGUUGCAGAGGAAAAUAUCGUUGAAGACCUACGACGAGUGCUUGACGUGCACAUCGAAGAUAAUGACGGAAGCGGACAAAUUAAAGAAUUUCUUCGACCGAAUCGCGCCAAAAGUCGGAAAUUUCAACUCGCCGUUCGAAAUAAUAAAACGUCUCGCCGAGGUACUGAGAUGCGAAGACUCGGAGAUUCUAUCUCUCGAUCUGCACUCCUUGGUCGAGAAGUAUCCUGAUAUGACCGAGGAUCAUCUGAUUAGAUUGCUCGGUCUGAGAGGUGAUGUAUCACGGGCGGAGGCUCGAGGAAAGGUCUCUUACAUCAUGGAAGCUCAACGUAAUCGGAAGCCUGUACAAUCUGUCACAAACAGCAUAUUCAAACAGAUAGUUAUACAGGACAGUUUUCUUGGUUGGAAGCCUUGAGACUGGAAAAAGAAUUUUUAUGAAACUAAAACGUGAAACGACAAUGGGUUUUCUAAUGUUAGCAUAAUGACUUUUCUGAAUCAGGAAGAUUUAACGUAAAAUAUGAAGACAAUAUAACAGUACAUACUAUAUUAUACAAAUUUGUUGUUAAAUUAAUUUAAUUUCAUUAUACAUUGGUUUUACAUUUCAUAAAAUUGUAAAGGUUUGUACUAAGACCAAAAAUUAUUUAAACUAGGUUAUCAAACAAAUUAAUAUAUAACAUGUAUAUAAAUUGUUAUAUAAAUGAUAGUAUUAUAGAAGCACUAAAAACUGUAUUAAAAUGAUUAAUAUUAGAUAAAUCAUGUUUAUAAUAUC